AUGGAAAAAAAAUUCACACAAGGGCCGGAAAAUUUUACCAAUGGUCACAAUCCCAUAGAGAUAGUCAAACUCAUCAUCGAAAGCCACAGACGCUUUCCUUUUUCUCGCGUUCGUGUGAAAUUCUUUAUUUUUCGUAUUUCAUUACAUGAUAUUCAAGAGAUACGCUUAACGUAUCACGUAAAUACAAAAAAAACACACGAGACAAAU